GACCCGUUUCCUCUUUCUUUCGGUUUUUCCACUAGAUAGCAUAGCCACAAAGUCCAAAUGUGCUUUAUUGUAAAAAUUUAUGAAAACAAAAUUUGCUUUUUGAUCUUAAUUUACGGUUAGGCAUAAGGUUAAAAAAGUGUUCAAUGUUAGGUUUAAAAUCACAUUUAAGAAUACAUUGUCGAAAUAGGCGGAGUAUGACUUUGUGGCUGGGCUAACGACCCUUGCAUUUUGAUGUAAAGAAUAUACUAAGCUUUUCUCAUUCAGCUGUGCUGUGUUUCAGGUUAUUUUCUUGUGAAAAACAGUAAACAAUGAAGAAAUUUUUCGAGGACAUAAAGAAAGAUAUAAAAUUCAAGUCAGCGGGGCCUGGAAAGAAACUCGCAGAAGGCGGCAGCUCCAAGCCCCGAGUGGUGCAGAACAGUGGCCCUGCCAAGCCCCAUCAUGCUGCUCCCACUGAAGGAGCUCAGAAGGCAGGGGCUGCAGCUCUGGCCAGGAUUGAGGGGCAGCCACGCCCACGGGCACAAACCUCACAGGAUGCCAUCCGGCUCCAGGUGAAAAGAGAGCUUGAGGCAGAAGCUGCAGCAGUAGCAGCGACCGAGAAGGAAAAGAUAACAGCUGUUGAGGGCUCCAGUGUUAAGGAUCCGGCAUUUCUCUCAGUAACAGGUGUGUAUUUCACCUGCCCGCUUACUGGAGCCACCUUAACUAAGAGCGAGAGAGAAGUGCACAUUAAAGAGGCCAUUUUCAUGCGGUUUGAAGAGGACGCAGUGGAGGCUUCCAUAAUGAUGGUUCAUACCUUCAACAAGGACAAGGAGAAAGUCAAGGCUGCAGUGGACAUCAUAAGCAAGUACAUUGAAAACAUCUGUAAGAACCCCACAGAGGAGAAGUACAGGAAGAUCAAACUCAGUAACAAGGUGUUCCAGGAGAAGGUGAAGACUGUGGAGGGCAGUCGGGAGUUCUUGCAGGCUGUGGGCUUUCAGAGCAUCAUGCUGGAUGUGGAGGGACAGGAGGAAAGUGAAGAGUUCCUGGUGCUGAUGGAGCAUGACCCGGAGGCCCUGGAGGUGAUGAAGGAGAGUAUGGACCGGCUGCAAAGGGGAGAGCCAGUCAGAGCCCAGCUGGACCACCAGCCCCAGACCUUCAGACCCUCCCCCAACGCCAUGCGUUUCGAACUACCCCCAGAGUUCUACAACCUCACUGCAGAGGAGCUCAAGAGGGAGCAGCAGCAAAAGAGCGAGGCGGUGGAGAAGAACACCAUGCUGCGUACCAAAGCCAUGCGGGAGAGAGAGGAGCAGAGGGAGAGGAGGAAGUACAACUACACCCUGCUGAGAAUACGACUGCCUGAUGGAAACAUACUGCAGGGCACCUUCCUGGCCUGGGACAAGGUGUCUGUGCUCUUCCAGUUUGUGCGGGACUCCCUGGUGGACGGCUGGCAGCCCUUUGAGCUGGUGGCGCCAGGAGGACACAAACUCCGGGAGGCCCAAGAGUUGGCCUUGAAUGAAUGUAGCCUGGUCCCUGCGGUUCUGCUGACAUUUUCUUGGGAUGCCGCAGUGCAAGCGGACAUUUCUGCUGCUCUCCUCAAGCCAGUGCUACUGAAGAAUAUUCAAACCCUUGGCUGAACUGUCCCUGCGUCUCCACCUCCAGGUUGGAGAUGACACCUUCAUCCCCAAACCACAUUUCAAAGGCUGUAGAAAUACACAACUAAUCCUUUAAAGGAAACAUAAUGCCAUGCAGUGUUUUUUUGUAUUGUACCUUGAAUGUAGGAUGAUCUGAAAUGGCUCCCUUACUCCUACAGAGAGCUCAGCAUGGUAUGAGAUCCUGUUGUCAGUGUCACCCUUCUGCUCCGCAUCCUGCUUACGCAACUACUGACAUACAAUACUAGCUUUACAUAUGAGCGAAUGGGUGGUGGUGACCAGACUGGUUGUCGAGUGCUAAGGUUUCAGUUGCUGUUCUUGUGAGUCAGACUAGCUGUGGACCACAAUGUAUAUCGGUUAAGCUAUUUUAUUUAAGAGAACUUGUAAUAUUCUAUUUUGGACCUCACUAACACUAAGGUUACAGCAGCAAGCUAUACCAGUACCUUAAAAGUGAAGGUUACUGGACAGAGCUCCUGAUGUUAGCUUUCUUUAUUGAAUGAGGGUUUUGUAAGUCAUUCAAUUGAGUAAUUUCCUAUAUUUCUAAAUUAAUGUUAUUUCAUUUCAGCAGCAUGGAAAUCUGUGAUUGGUUGGUUUGUACUGUAUGUAACCAACAAAGAUUUUUUUUGCUGCGGCUUAUCCCAGGUGAUGGCUGGAAUGACAACCUACCUCUCCCCACAGCACGUCCACUGCUUCUGUGUGCGUUGAGGCGUAACCUCCAAUGUUUCAGUUCAGACAUGAACAGCAGCAAUUAGCAAAUGUACCAAGAAAUGUUUUCCUAACCUUGUUAAAGAAUAACUAGAAAAUGAAGGUCAUGCUCUGGUCUAGGUAUCAAAGCUGUCAUGUUUUGUUGCUUUUAAACCUGCCUGUAAUAAAGAUGAAUGUUGCAUCAAGA